GGCCGCCAUCUUGGCGGAGGUGUCAGCCCGCGGCUAUGGCGGCGCGGCCUCGGCGCAGCUGAUGGAAACUGCCAGUCAGAGUGCUUCAAGCAUGGGGGAGUGCCACCAUGAUUCUGAAGUCGUGCUGAGGACCGGACAGAGAGUGGACAGGACCACUGCUGAGGACCAGACAGACCCUGCUCCCUGUAAGAGGCAGAACAGCAGCAGCACGGGGUGUUAGAUUCCUGAAAGGAAAGGAUGGAAGUGCAUAGGCCAGACAUGCAGAGUGUAAUAGAGGUAGUUACCUUGCAAGCCUUGGAGAGUGCCUCUCCCAGCUCUUCACAGCAUGAAAGUGCUGACAGAACUUCUGACGGGAAGGAUGGUGCAAGCAUUGCUGAAGAAGAGGAUCCCACCUUGGAAAGGGAAUCUGAGUCAUUGCCAGCAGCCCAUGGUUUCACAGCUGUUGACAUGAGGGGGGAUGGGGCCAGAACUGAAACGCUGGAGCAACAGCAGCCUUCACCUGAUCACGGAGGAGGUGGGGACUGCUGUGCUAAGACUUCUCCUGAAAGACGAGGGGAAGGCUCUGGGAAACCCGAACUCUUGCCCAGCAGGGAUUUUGAACGACAGGUUUCGAAAACGAAUGGCACAGAACAGUCCCUGAUGGAGUUAUUGCAGGAGUUGAGAGAAGAAUCUGACUUUGUAAAAAAAUCUAGCGAUAGAAUUUACUCAGAAAGCCCUUAUGAUACAGACUGCACAAAGAAGCUCAUUUCCACAAUACAGCAGUCUUCAUCGCAGGAGGCUUUGUUGGAAGAAAUCGAAUCUGAACUGAUAGCCACCGAUUUUUCAAAAGAGCACAAACUCCCGAACGGAAUGAGGAAAGGGGAGCGGGCCCUGGCAAUGUUUGACAAAUGUGUGCAAGACAAAUACCUAGAACAGGAGCAAACCAUAAAGAAGUUAAUUAAGGAAAACAAAAAGCAUCAGGAACUGAUAUUGGAAAUUUGUUCCGAAAAGGACAACCUGAAAGAUGAACUGAAAAAACGAACAGAGACAGAGAAGCAGCACCUCAACAUUAUUAAACAGUUAGAAGCGAAAAUAGAAGAGCUUAAUAAAGAAGUUAAAGCUGCUAAAGACAAGCUUAUAACCCAAGAUGCCGCAGCCAAAAAUGCUAUUCAGCAAUUGCAUAAGGAGAUGACAUUUCGUAUGGACCAGGCAAACAAGAAAUGUGAAGAAGCGCGCCAAGAAAAGGAAACCAUGGUGAUGAAAUAUGUUCGAGGAGAAAAGGAAUCAUUAGACCUCCGGAAAGAAAAGGAGAUACUUGAGAGAAGACUGAGAGAUGCAAACAAAGAAAUUGAAAAACACACUAAUAAAAUCAAACAGGUUUCUCAGGAAAAAGGAAGACUGCACCAGCUCUAUGAAACCAAGGAAGGCGAAGCUGCUAGAUUGAGCAGAGAGAUAGAAAAACUGAAAGAAGAAAUAAACUCUCAUGUUAUCAAAGUCAAAUGGGCCCAAAACAAAUUGAAAACAGAAAUGGAUUCUCACAAGGAAACUAGAGACCGACUCAAGGAUGCAACAACGAAGUUAACACAAGCAAAAGAGGAAGCAGAUCAGAUACGGAAAAACUGCCAAGAAAUGAUAAAAACGUACCAAGUAGGCGUGUUUUCUUAUGAGGAGUCGGAAGAAAUUAAAUCGAACGAGUUGGAUGCAAAACUCCGUGUAACAAAGGGAGAACUGGAGAAACAAAUGCAGGAAAAGUCUGACCAGUUGGAGGUACAUCAUGCCAAAAUCAAAGAACUGGAGGACUUGAAAAGAACAUUUAAAGAGGGCAUGGAUGAGCUGCGUACACUGAGAACAAAGGUGAGGUGUCUAGAGGAUGAAAGGUUGAGAACAGAUGAUGAGUUAUCUAAGUACAAAGAAAUCAUUAAUCGGCAGAAGGCUGAGAUUCAGAAUUUGCUGGACAGAGUGAAAAUUGUUGAUCAGCUGCAGGAACAACAUCAAAGAGAUGAACAAGAGAUCGAUGCAUUGAAGGAAGAAGUGGAUAGUCUGAACUCCUUGAUUACUGAUCUCCAAAAGGACAUUGAAGGCAGUCGGAAAAGAGAGUCUGAGCUACUGGUAUUCACUGAAAAACUAACCAGUAAGAAUGCACAGCUUCAGUCUGAAAACAAUUCGUUACAGAACCAGCUCGAUAAGCUCACUUACAGUGAAAGAGAGUUACAGAGGCAGCUGGAACAUGUGAGACAGACCAAAGAUGAUGUGACCAACAAAUUGCAGAAGGAGGAAGAGCUGCGCAGACAUGAGGUCUUGGCCUUGCAGACGGAGUUAGAUUCUCGACAGAAAGAGCUAACAGCGCUGAAUACCCAAGUGGAUGAACUAAAGGAUGAGCUGGUUACUCAAAAGCGGAAGCACACAGCAAAUCUUAAAGAUCUCACCAAACAACUUCAGCAAGCACGAAGAAAACUGGAACAGAUUGAAAACGGUAGUUAUGAUAAAGAAGUCAGCAGCAUGGGAAGUCGUUCUAGCUCAUCAGGUUCCCUUAAUGCUCGAAGCAGCAAUGAAGAUAGGUCGCCUGAGAAUACUGGUUCUUCGGUAGCUGUGGAUAACUUCCCAGAAGUGGACAAGGCUAUCCUGAUUGAGAGGAUAGUCAGGCUACAGAAGGCUCAUGCUCGGAAAAAUGAAAAGAUGGAGUUCAUGGAGGAUCACAUUAAGCAACUGGUGGAGGAAAUCAGGAAAAAAACCAAGAUUAUUCAGAGUUACAUUCUGCGAGAAGAAGCUGGAACCUUGUCCUCAGAGGCCUCUGACUUUAACAAAGUUCAUUUGAGCAGGCGUGGUGGGAUCAUGGCGUCUCUGUACACGUCUCACCCUGCCGACAGCGGGCUCACAUUAGAACUCUCUUUAGAGAUCAACAGGAAACUCCAGGCUGUGCUAGAGGAUACUUUACUGAAGAACAUAACACUAAAAGAGAACCUUCAGACACUUGGAACAGAAAUAGAACGGCUCAUUAAACACCAGCAUGAACUGGAACGGAGGAUGAAGCAAACGUAACUAGAGUUUUUUUGGAAAGACCAGAACAAAGAUGCAGAAAAGGCAGGUGCUGCAGGCUGUCAACUUAAGCUUCUCCUGGAAAUUGAGUGCGCAACAGUUCAAAGAUCCAAUCUUGCAAAGCUUUUAAGUAUGCAAGCUGUUCGCUUUCUCAAGAGAAGGGGUCUGUAGACUCGGGUUGUUUUGCCUGUUUGAUGUUAGCCAAAGGCAUUGCUGAGCUUCACUAUACACUACGUUCUUCUGUUGAACUGUACUCUGAAACGACAUCCAAAUGCUUUGCGGUGUAUACUACAUGUAGAGUAAGUUUCAAUGAGAUUUUAAUUUCUGCCCUGUGCAAUUAAAUAGUCUGCUAAUAAUGGAGCUUCAAAAAAAAAUUAAACUGAUUUUUUUUUUUUUUUUGCUGUUGGACAGAUCCAGUACUGCUGAGCUUCAAGGGCUUUCAGACAGAUUCUUCCCUACCCUCUAUAAAUGUUUCUGAUAUUUAAGUUGAUUAAGUAGUUUUAAUGUAUGCAUGAGAGAGGUUUUGUUCUAAAGCUUUGUGUUUUUUGUUUUGUUUUUUUUAAAUUAAGGACAUGGUAUUCCAUAAAUUACCAUUUGGAAAAAAGUUUAAUAGCUUGGGAAUUUAAAAUGAAUUGACCUGCUUCUUGUUUUUUUAAAGCCAGCUAGAAAUUGAAGAGUUAAAAACUUUUGUUUCUGCUGCAGUUAUUUGGCAAGUUUAGUUGAUAUAAACUCGGAUUGCACAAAUGGUUAGGUGUAUACAUUUAAAUAAUUUUGAACUCAGGUAAUUUAGUUUUAUAAAAUAAGUUUUUUCAGACCUUCAGUAUAAUUAGCAUAAUUUUUAAAGUAUGGUUUGUUUGCUAUGUGUAUCAAAUCUUCCCUCCCCCAGUCCAAGGUAACUAAUUAAUUAAAGAAAAAAAAUUCUGAGCACGUUGUGUUUGUCACAUUAGUUAUAAGUAUAGGCCAGCCAGUAAGAUCGAGGUGAGACAUGAGGAGUGUGUUAAGUGGUGAGUUGCAGCUUAUUGGCUGAACUGUAAUUGCAGCACAGAAAUCUGUGCCAGAUCUUGAACUUUACUGAUGUGUGAAGUAUUAAACUGUCAAAAUGACACUGGGUAAGAUUCCAGGGGAUACCUCCAUCCUGCUUUGACAGGGUGACGGGAAGCUAGCCCUGCAGUGACAACUUUAAAAGUUGAGUCUCAAUGCUAUACUCAUGCAGCUUAGCAUCAGGAAAAGUAAUUUACCUGGACUGGAGUAGCUCCACUCCCGCAGUAAAUGUAUAUUUUUAUACAUUUAGUGCUUGCUUGAUCAAAAUUCAGAGCCAGACCAGUUCAUCAUAUAAAUAUAUGAAGUAUAUACUGUAUUACAUAUUUGCACUUAGUGCUCAUGUACAAUAAAAACACUUUACGUAUUAGUUAUUUAAAUUUGAAAGGACAGCUUUUUUAAUGAUGAAAAAACAAACCCGAAUUUUCUACCCUCCUCCCCACUUGUGUCAUUUGCAAAAUUGAUCUCUGGUUGUGUCAAAACACAGGGUAAAAUUUACUAAAGCAUCUAAGUGGCUUCCAUUUUCAGAAGCCUCAGUGUCACUUAAGCAGUAGAAGAUUUUACCCCAAAGUACUUGAUUUGAUUGAUGUGAAUCAGUCAGUGAGACUGCCCGGCUGGUUAGAGAUGAGCAUGCACGUACAUAUUUACAAGAUCAGGCUCAGCUUGUUGUUUAGGGUUGCUCCUGAGUAGCUGGCGUUUUUACUCCCCAACAAUAGAGGUAGUAAAGAGCUAAUGAUUUCCAAUAAGGAGAGGGUCAUGUGGCCCCUCAACCCUUAAUGCUGGAGGAUGUCUUCUUUCCCAAAUUCCAGGGGCAGUGAGAGCAGUUCUGCAGUUUUGUUGUGACCCUUAGCCAGCCCAGCCUCAGGACUGUAUCUGCUGCGCAUAUACAGACAAACUAUUCAGGACAGCAAGGCAAAGAGGGCAGCGACUUCCCCUGGAGCAGCUGGCAUACGGUAACAUUGUCCACUCUUACUCCACAGUAAGUGAAUGUUAUACUGGAGAAACUUACCUUGGAACAAAACAGGUUUAAGCUUCCCUGAUUUAACUUGUGCUUACUGCAGAGUAAGAGCAGACAAAUGGCUAAUUAUCCCAGAAUAGCCAGUAAGUCCCUGCUCCCUUUGAACUUGCUCUUCGUUAUCUGUCCACACUCUGAAUGUUUGUGAUGGGAAAGUGGGUAUGGGGCAGUGAAAGCUAGCCUCCUGAGGUGAAAUCCUGGCUCAUUAUGAAAUCAGUGAGUUUUACUAUUUCGUUCAAGAAUGCCAGGAUAUCGCCUGAGGGGCAAGGUAAGUUUGUACAACUGAAUUUUAGGCCCUCUGAGACAGUAUUCAGGAAUAAAGGUUGUGUGUCCAAACAUAGCUUAGCUCUUGUUUGUUUUGCAUUUUUAUACUUAUAUGCCUGUUUGGCUUAUUUUCCUCUAUUAAACUGAUUCCCAUAUUUUAGAUUUUGGAAAUAAGCUCACUCCAUAUAGUACCUAUAACCGUUUAAUGUAUGUUCUUCAGCUGUUUAAUAUAAAUGAAGAAAUGUGAUGCAGAUGGGAUAAGUGCAAUGAUAGUGCGGAAAUUCUUUGUAGUGCUUCUUGACAUCACUCCAUUACACGUCUUAAAUUAUUUUAGCACGCUAGUUAUCCUUUUGUCUUGCUUAAAAAUGCUGCUUUCUGUCUGUGACUCUACAAUUCUAGGGGUUUUUUAUCUUUGCUUGUGUAUGUCGUUUGCAUAAGCAGCCAAAACCUCCUUUCAUUCACCACCUUCAAUUUAAAUAGACCAAGAUGUUAGAAAUAAAGCCACAGAGGGGAAACGUCUUAAGGCUUGACAUCUUCACAUAGGCACAUCUUUGGUCUUACAUAAGAAGUUUUUCUUGACUGUACUCAUGUCUGUUUUCUCUUAUGCAAGAAGAUGCUAAUGGCUGGAAAAAUGUGUUAUCCUUAUGAACGUUGUCAGUGACUGCUUUUGUUUUCAGGGUACAGAUCAAGAGUCAGAUAGAUGGCUUCACUUGGUUCAAGGAACACGAAUGCAUCCUAUAAAAAAGAGUUGAAACAAGAACACUGCUGCUUUAGUAAGGGAAUAGUUUAAAUCACAGAGGAAAGUCGUGACUGUAGACAGCCAGCCCCCAAGUCCUAUGCAUCAGUGGUUCUGCUUAAUCCUUACUUCAGGAACAUAAUGGUUUACAUUACAAGGUUUUGAGGUAUACUUCUGUGAGGGUCAUGAAGAAGUAGGAUAAAUUUAUUCUUAUUAAGUAAUAGUCUUAAAACUAUUAUGUAUUUUAAUAGUUAAGUAUUUUAAACCUAGGUGUCCCAAGUAAGUUGGGGCUUCUAUUUUCAAGAGUCUGAAACGACUGUCCAUUUCUCAUUGAAAAUUACCAAAGUGGGGGACACAACCUUGAAGGCUCUUCUUGAAAAUAGGAGUCUAAGCCAGAAGCCUUUGGCUGUUUACAUCCUACAGAAUGCUUUACCCACUUCUGAAUAUAUCAUUCUUUUGUAAUGUGUAUAUCCCACAUCCGGAAGUACAGGCCACACUUCCUACAGAAACUCUGCUGACCUUUCCCCAUCAUGGAAGGGCCUCAAAUAUGUUCUAAAAAGCUAGUGGGUCCCCUGGAUAUCCUAGACCCUGGUGAUGGUUUUCUUAUUAUAUCCACUUAAUAGAGACUCUUACUUCACAUAGUCUUCUGAAAGCAGUGAGAUCUGGCGUACAUUCCUCAAAAAUGUUCUAAUCCAGGUCUGUUCAGUGUCAACCUUUUAAACAUGUUUGUGUUGCAUCAUAAUUGUUCUUGCUGUGUUCCUACUGGAGAAUUCAGACCUCAACUUCCCAUUUGAUCUUAACCGUUAAAUCUCUACCUGUAUAGGCCACCAUGCUCUGCGAGGAGGUUCACAAAGGAUCAGGCCUUAUUCAUGGUGUGGGGAAGAGGCUCCUCUUCAGAACUUUUCUUUUUUUUACUAUUGCACAGCUCUGAUUUCUUACCAAUAGGUGGCGAUAAAAAUCAGACUUUCCAGGCCUGUUGAAGAGUUGAAAACUUCGCCAAAUAAAGAAUUUCCAGCUAAGUCACAGAUGGUGGAGAGUGGUAUUAGGUAUUUUCCAAAAUGGAAGGGGUUAUUUACUUACCCAUUUUGUGUUCUGAUGGUAAAACUAUGUUUAAUCUUCCAAUAUAUGUAUGUAUGUUGUAUGAAUAUACACAUAGUGACUAUUGAUUUGAUUAACUUUGUAGAUAUUUGUUUCUGUAUAAAUGAAGUUUAAGACAUCACUAUACAUUAUGUAUAUAUUGUACUUUUGAAAUAAUAAACAGACGUGUGAAUGCUG